AAUUGGAAACAGGGAAGGAGACAGGUCAAGUGAAUCCAGAUAACAUGAUUUUAAAUUCCAACACUGAAACAAAUGCCAACAUUUUGCAGCCUUGCGACAAGAAAAUCUUUACAGAAGUUAAAAACGUGCAAGAAGAAUUUAUUCCACGAACACAAGUGGAAAAGAGGAAAACAAGUCCAUAUUUUUCAAGUAAAUACUGCAAAGAAGCUCCAAGCCCACCUAGAAGGAAGGCCCGCAGAAAAUGGACUCCUCCACGUUCUCCUUUUAACUUGGUCCAAGAAACUCUUUUCCACGAUCCAUGGAAACUCCUCAUUGCAACCAUAUUUCUCAAUAAGACUUCAGGUAAGAUGGCAAUUCCUGUGCUCUGGGAGUUCCUCAAGAAAUAUCCUUCUCCUGAAAUAACAAGAACUGCAGACUGGAAAGAAAUGUCAGAGCUGCUCAAACCUCUCGGCCUCUACGAACUCAGAGCGAAAACUAUAAUCAAGUUCUCAGAUGAGUAUCUGACCAAGCAGUGGAGGUACCCCAUUGAACUGCAUGGGAUUGGAAAAUACGGAAAUGAUUCUUACAGAAUCUUCUGUGUCAAUGAAUGGAAAGAGGUGCAGCCACAGGAUCACAAGCUAAACAUAUAUCAUGCAUGGCUCUGGGAAAAUCGUGAGAAACUAAGUAUAGGUUGACAACAAACAAUACA